AAAAAGAAAAACAACAGGAGGAUCAAAGUGUAUUGCGAGAGAGAGGUGAAACCAUGAAGUUCUCAAGCCUAACCUUAGCUUUGGCCUGUGCCAUGUUCUUGGCCAUGGCCCACACCACCAUUGCCCAAAACUCCCCCCAAGACUUCGUGAGUGCCCACAACGCAGCCCGGGCAGCCGUCGGCGUCGGCUCGGUGUCGUGGGACGACACCGUGGCUGCCUACGCCCAGAACUACGCCAACCAGCGGAUCAGCGACUGCCAGCUCAAACACUCCGGUGGACCGUACGGUGAGAACCUCUUCGGGGGGUCCGGUGCCGACUUCACGGCGGCCGACGCUGUGAACUCGUGGGUGGAUGAAAAGCAGUGGUACGACUACAACACCAACACUUGCGCCGCCGGGCACGAGUGCGGCCACUACACCCAGGUGGUGUGGCGAGACUCCACCAACAUCGGCUGCGCUCGGGUGACGUGCAACAGCGGUGCCAUCUUCAUCAUCUGCGACUAUAAGCCUCCAGGCAACUUCGUGGGCCAGCGCCCAUAUUAAUUUGCAGGGCUCUUCGCAUGGUAGGGAGAGUGUUUGUGCUAUUAUAACUAGUAUGGUUUAUAGAAUAAGACCUGUAUUACCUUGGCAUGAAGUCGUUUGGGUUUUGAAAACCUGGACAAGAUCCUUGUUCUCCAUAAAAAUAAAAGGCUUUGGUGAUGCCGUGGAAAAUAAAAGAAUGACAAGAAGAUGCAGUACUUUUCUAUAUAUAUUCCAUGUUGGAAAUAUUAAGGGCCUUUUGUGUUUUAUUAAUUUCAGUGCGAGAUAUUAGAGAUUAAGAACUGCAAAAGAUGUUUUUAUGAUCCCUACAGUCCUCUUGCAGUUCCAAUUGUCCAAAUAUCAACUUCAGCUGGAGAAUCAUACGUACUUUAAUUUGA